AUGAGCGUGGAUGUGGUUGAGGUCGUCUCACCGAGUGCCGUUGUUCGAGUCUCAAGCCCAACAACACGGCUACCCAUAGAACGAAGGCGACUUCAGUUCUCGCCGACGCGAGUGCGUGAUGUGGAGGUGACUGGGCGUCAGCGACUGGGCCGGGCGCACAUGGAGAUCAGCUCCUUGACGGAGGACAUCGACCACAUGCGCUCGGAACUAAAGUUUUUGCAGCACGACCUGAAGGCCAGCGAAGUGGCCGAGGCGUCGCGGCUGGGAGUGACGAACGUGUCGAUCUCCACCGCGGACACCACCAGGAUGUUGGACUCCACCUUUUCGGGCAUCAGCGACAAGGUGGACGCCAUGAAGCUGGACCUGGACACGGAGCGCCGGCAUCGCUUGGCUAGGGACGAGGAUGCGCGAUCCAGGCUCCAACAGAUCCAGCAGACGUCGGACGCCCACGCGGCCCACCAGUUCCACACGGACGGCCGUGUCCGGAAGAUUGAGGAUGCCGUGGUGGCUUUGGAGAACCGCUUAGACAUUCUCUUCCAGGACUUCGAUCAGAGCAUGAAGAAGCGAAAGGAGGGUGAAGAUGCCCUUUGCCGGUCUCUGCAGGAGGUCCGGGAAAGUCUCACCAAGGAGGCCGCAGAGCGUUCCGCCAGGGACGAGGCGCUGUCGCAGCAGGCGGCCGGUUUCCAGGAGCUGCUGCAGCAGGAGCGCGCCUCUCGCUCGGAGGCCCAGGAGGAGGCGCGCUCGGAGCGCUCCAAGGCCCUCCUCCGCGUGGCGGCCCUGGAGGCCCAGCUGGCGCAGGUGGGGGACGCCGUCGAAGCCAAGUUCCUUUCCUUGAGAGAACUGGUGAGCGGCGAGAAGGCCGCACGAAAUGGCGACAUCGCCAAACUUGGGCAAGACCUGGCGGACCUGAACGUGACCAUCCGCAGUGAGAAGGAUGCGGCGGAGAGGAGGCUGACAGCUUUCAAGGACACUCGUGACAAGGACAUCGAGGAAAAGCUACGAGCCCAUAGGCAUGCUUUGGAGACCUCGCUUGAUCGCAGGAUCGCAGAAGUGAAGGAGUCCAUCGAUCAGGGCCUCACGCUGGCGAAGCAGGCGCGGGACUCCCUCCAGUUCGCCAUGGACCGGGAGCGCGAGUCCCGGAAAGCCUGGGGCUGA